CUUCAAAUGAACUCAAUUCCCUUGCUUUCCUUUUCACAGGAUAUUGCUGUAAUUUGGUGAUCGGUGGCCGCAUCAUGGCGGAUCCCUUCAGUCUCGCAGCGAGCGUUUUCGCUACUAUACAGAUCGCAGAUAGGCUGGUCGGCAUCUGCAAACACUACAUCGAAAGUGUCCAGGACGCACCGUCGGAUCUCCGAGUAAUCCUGGUCGAGACAUCAGCAGUGAAAACGAUUCUGGAGAAUGUGGAGUUUCUACUUAAAUGCGACAAUGGACAAUCAAUGUUUGAUGGCUUGUCGGGUGGAUCCGGACCGAUCGAGGGAUGUCGAAAGGCGAUUACCGAUCUACUGGGCUUACUCCCUUCCAAACAGCAUCAGAAGAAGGUUCAUGGUAAAUCCAAACGGCAGUGCAUACAACUUACCCUCGAGACGAUAGCUUGGCCAUUAAAGGAAACCAAGGCCAGAAAGCUGCUGGAAGAUAUCGCGCGACAUAAAGGCACCAUCACUUUUGCGCUCACCACGGAUGCCGCCCAUGGCAUCAGAAACAUUCAAAAGAUUCUGACCGAAUCUCAACAAAAAGAAAUCUACAAAUGGCUCAGAGACGUCGACCCCUCGCCUAUCCACCACCGAGCAUGUCAAAACCACGAGCCCGGGACGUGUGACUGGAUGUCGCGUCUUCCGGAGUGGCCCAAGUUCCUCGACGGGAAAAUACGUUGUCUUUGGAUCCACGGGAUUCCUGGAGCCGGCAAAACGAUUUUGGCUUCGCAGCUCAUCACAAUCACGGAGGAAAACUGCAAGAGACUUGACUCGGCUGAUUCAAAGUCAAUCAGUAUCUACUACUACUGUUACUUUGGAAACAAUCAAAACGAGACGUCUCCGUUCCUCAAAUGGGUUCUUGUACGCCUUUGCCGACAAGCGCAGCUAGUUCCUGACCUUCUCUGGAAACUUUUCCAACACGGAGGCCAACCGAGCACUGAGAGCUUGUUGUCAGCCCUCGAAGCAGCUCUUGAACGUUUCGAACAUGUAUUCAUCACGAUUGACGCCAUUGAUGAGAGUAAACCUCGAGACGAGCUUCUCAAAGUCAUCCGGAACCUCGCCACUGAUCACAGGUUCGCCAAAGUUCGACUGUUAGCGACCAGUCGCGAAUACCUGGACAUCGAGAAAGCCAUGCAAGACGUCUCAACCGAAGUCUCAAUGCGGAAUGCGUAUCUAGACGCCGAUAUACGACUGUACACCGAAUCUCGCCUGAGAAAUCACGAAAAAAUCAAGAACUGGCCGCUCGAGUUGCGAAAUGAAACUUUGGAAGCGUUAUGUGCGGGUGCAAAGGGAAUGUUUCGAUGGGUAGUCUGUCAAAUUGAUUCCCUUCGAAGAGUGAAAGGGACAAACACAGCCAUCAGGAGGGAGUUGAGGAAUCUCCCAACGACAUUGGACAAUGUCUACGACAGGAUCUUUCAGUCGAUCCCCGAGGAAGAUGCGGUUGUUGUCCGUUCAGCUAUGCGGUGGAUCUGCUUUAACCAAAAAUUAUUCAGCCCUACCAUCCCUAGCCUCACACUCCUAGGCGCCGUUGAGAACGACGUUUCCGGGGAUUAUACUUGUGCUCGGGAAUAUCAGUACGACAUCGAUCUACUUCGCGAACUCUGCGGAUGCCUAAUCACCGUCGAGCUGCAGACAAUCCGCAAACUUGACGGGCAGCCAGGUGAACAACAACACGUCUCAUUUGCUCAUUAUACCGUUCUCGAAUAUCUGGCCUCCCCCCGUCGAUACCAGCCCAACCGCUUCUUUGCUUUUGAUAAAGACGAAAUGCUGGUCAACCAAGCAGAACUUAUUCUUGAGCAAGCGCAGUUCUUCAGCAUUGCCGACGCUGGCCACUUUACGAAUCAAGAUGUCGAUGGCAGGCAAUACGAGCGGGUGCCGAAUUUCCCGACAUACUGUGCCCUCUCUGCCUUAAUGCUAAUAGAUCGCCAUGACAGCUUCUUGGCAGAAAAACACAGCCUUGCCAGCUUGGUGAUAAGCUUUGAGCCAGAGAAAGCCCACUUUCUGGACAUCCUCCACAGAUUCGCAGGCUUCAAAGAUGAAGAUCCAACGACCUUUAUAUAUGGUACCACCCCCACCUUUUACUCGGUAACCUGGAAUGCUCUGCCAGAUCCUCAGAUUCGCACUCUGGUUCAACUGCUUCUGAGUGGCGCCCUCAAAUUGUCGCAUUUCCUGCUGCAGAAAAGUAAUGCUGCUAGUAUACUCAAGGCUGACAUCCACCUGGAAGUGGAUUUGGACUUAUAUGAUAUCGGCCCCACAGAACACAGCAGGACGUGGCACUUUCACGGCUCAGUCGUUGACUUCUAUGCGAUGCAUUGCAUAAGAAACCCUACAAUCUUUAAAUACCUCAUUGACUCUUGGGCUGGAGCCAUUGAUUUUCGGACAGUUCUUGUCUCAUACAUACCUUGGCACGCACAUCAGCGCGAUUGCAAGGACUGGUGCGUAGUUCAAAAAUUGCUUGAAUCGGGGGCGCCGGUAGACUCGCAGGAUUACGCCCUCACGCCGUUACAGGUUGCCGUUGCGUUUCUCGACUUGGAGGGAGUCGACGCCUUGCUGAGAAACGGAGCGAUGACAAGCGCCUUGGGUAGCACAGCUUCGGGUGAGGCCAAAUACGAUCACCUAGGGCUAUCCAGAUUUCUAGGUGGUAAGUUACCCCUCGAGAUCUGUGUAUCCGGGCUACAUGAAGAGAUUAUGGAGACCCUGUUUGAGAAUAAUGGCAAUUCCGAUGACAGUGAAUAUUUCAGAGACCGGGUUCCGGAUGUUGAGAGCAUAAGGUUUCUCAUUCAGAAGCAAUUGGUGGAACACAGCGAGAUUGGUUCAACCUAGCAUAAUAUAGCAUCAAGAAUAUACAGCUCCUUUGGCUAUUU